GGUGCGCACGCGCAGUGUGCGAGGGGUGAGCCUAUAACCGUCGACCGAGAACCGCGCGCCCGCCAGCCCGCCCUUUCACCUGACGCUCUUUGACGGCGCGACACGGAAGUGCGAUGGCUGCUGAGGGGCCGGGAGGCGGCGGCUGGAGUGGCGGCUUCCAGUCUGCUGCUCACCGGCGGCUGCGAAUCCUCUCGGGCCACCUGCGGAGCGCUCCGGAGACGCAUCUGGCCGCCAGCCAGUGCCGAGGGCGAGCCGAUGGGACGACGCCGCCGCCGCCCGCGGGACCUCAACCGAGCACUCUCCCCAAGAGGCGGCAAGAAAUUUUGAAAUGGAAUGGAUGGGGAUACAAUGACUCAAAAUUUGUCUUCAAUAAGAAGGGACAAGCAGAAUUUACAGGAAAAAGGUACCGGCUAAGUGGUAUGGUGUUGCCACUUUUGAAGGAAUGGAUAGAGAGAAGUCUUGGAGGAAAUCUGGAGCACAAAGUUACCCCUAGAGCAUCCUUAAAUGUUAGUGAUGUACCUCCCUCCACUGCAAAUGAAGAAUUUCUCCAGGACCUCCAGGCAGCCAAAAUCUCAUAUUCUCAAGAAGCAGAAGCUAGGGUAUUCAGAGCUCAUGGUCAUUGCCUACAUGAAAUAUUUUUGCUCAGGGAAGGAAUAUUUAAACGGGUUCCUGAUGUAGUUGUGUGGCCAGAUUGCCAUGAUGAUGUAGUUAAAAUUGUGGAAAUAGCCUGCAAACAUAAUGUGUGUAUUAUACCAUUUGGUGGAGGAACAAGUGUUUCUAGUGCUCUUGAGUGUCCUCCUGAUGAGAAAAGAACUAUUGUUUCACUGGACACUUCACAAAUGAAUAGGAUUCACUGGGUAGAUGAGAAAAAUUUAACUGCUCACGUUGAAGCUGGCAUUGUUGGACAAGACUUAGAAAGACAGCUGGCUGAAAGUGGUUACUGUACAGGCCAUGAACCAGAUUCACUGGAAUUCAGUACUCUUGGAGGAUGGGUGGCAACACGGGCAUCAGGAAUGAAGAAAAACAUUUAUGGAAACAUUGAAGACCUGGUGGUUCAUAUAAAAAUGGUUACCCCCCGAGGUGUAAUACAAAAAAGCUGUCAAGGACCACGCAUGUCAACAGGACCGGACAUCCAUCAUUUCAUUUUAGGAUCUGAAGGAACGCUUGGAGUGGUAACAGAAGUUACAAUAAAAAUUCGACCAGUCCCUGAAUACCAAAAGUAUGGCUCUGUAGUAUUUCCAAACUUUGAGAGAGGGGUGGCCUGCUUAAGAGAAGUAGCAAAGCAGAGAUGUGCUCCUGCAUCCAUUCGCCUUAUGGACAAUGAACAAUUUCAGUUUGGACAUGCUCUUAAACCACAGGUUUCUUCAAUUUUUACAUCACUUCUGGAUGGGUUGAAAAAAUUCUACAUCACAAAGUUCAAAGGAUUUGAUACCAACCUAUUAUGUGUUGCCACCUUGCUUUUUGAGGGUGACAGAGAGAAGGUUCUACAGCAUGAAAAGCAAGUUUAUGAUAUUGCUGCAAAAUUUGGUGGCCUGGCAGCUGGAGAAGAUAAUGGGCAGAGAGGGUAUAUGCUGACGUUCGUCAUUGCUUAUCUUCGGGACUUGGGCAUGGAUUAUUAUUUAAUAGGAGAAUCAUUUGAGACAUCUGUUCCCUGGGAUAGGGUUCUAGACCUCUGCAGAAAUGUAAAGGAAAGAAUAGUAAGAGAAUGCAAAGAAAAAGGCGUUCAGUUUGCACCUUUUGCCACCUGUCGGGUUACCCAGACCUAUGAUGCUGGUGCAUGUGUCUACUUCUAUCUGGGCUUUAACUACAGAGGAAUAAGUGACCCUGUUCGUGUGUAUGAAGAAGUAGAGAUGGCUGCUAGAGAAGAAAUCCUUGCUAAUGGAGGAAGUUUGUCGCAUCAUCAUGGAGUGGGGAAGUUACGGAAGCAGUGGCUGAAAGAGAGCAUCUCUGAUGUUGGCUUUGGAAUGCUGAAGUCUGUCAAACAAUAUGUGGACCCCAAUAACAUAUUUGGAAAUGGGAAUCUUUUAUAAACCCAUGUUGUCAAUUCUGAAGUUACAAAAUAAUAAUAAUGGUUUUGAGUCUCAUGGUUAUCCCAGUGACCAAAUUUAGCAUGGACCCAGUUUUGGAGCGGUUUCCUUACAUCUUUUAUUUCUUCAGUUAAACAUGAUCAUUCUGUUACUCAGAACAGACUUUGCAGACUACUAAACCUUUCACAAACACCCAGUCAGAAAUAUACUAAGGUAAAUUCAGUCCAGCUGAGAAUGCAAACUUGAUAACCUAUCUGGAUGGCUUUCCUACCAUAUUGCAUUUCCUGCAAGAAUGUCCAAGAAGGUGGUGUUUCUGUUACACGGGCCCCUCUAGAUAUGAAAACACUUCUGGAAAGCAGAUGAAAGAUGGGAUUCUCUUUAGAUAAAACAAGCUUGUCUACUGAAAGGUUAAGCAAACAGUCAAGGAAUGAAUACUAUGCUGCAGUCUAACAAAAAUCCAGUGGCUUUGUCUUGGUGAUGCCUUGCCAAUCCUCCAUCUGGUACUGAAAAUCAUUAACAAAAGUGUGGCCUGAAUUGCAUUUGUAGUAGUACUUUGUGUCCUCAACAUAUACACUCAGAGGAGUAAGCUCUUGUUCUCAGAUGCUGUAGAUCUUUGUUACAUAAAAUGUAAGGCCUUCAUAAUUAUGCCCUGCUAAAACUGCCUUGAGAGAAAACAUUCUUGAUCAGAAAAAUGAUACUGUUCAGUUUUUCUAAGUUUAGUUUAACAUUAAGCCAUUUCAAGUACGAAACCAAUGUGAUUUAAGUUCUUUUUAAUUACUAGCUAUAAGCAUAAUCAGUUCUUCCAUAUAAAUAAAACAUUGAACUUCCUCUAAAAAGAAUAUCAGUGAGCAUUAGAAUGAAGCCUGCCUUAAAACAGGCAACAAAAGAAUUUAAUGCUGGGUAUUAUUCACAUUUUGCAUUCAAUUGUUAAAACAAAUUAGCUUUCUUUUUAUAUGAUGUAAAUUACUUGAUGUAAAAUGUUAACUCAGUGUUGCCUGUCCAUCAGCUAGACUACACCCCAUUUUGUUUUCAAGUUAAGCCUGCCUUAGUACAAUUGGCUCCAGAUGGGAUGAAAGUGUGUUAUCUUGAAUUACACCAACAUUCUAAAUCUAAACUCUUCUAAAAUCUGAGGAGGUUAGAUACAUUUGAAAUAGCCUUAAACAAGCAGUUUCAUGUUAAUGCUUUCUAAGUAUUAAAAACAAAUAAGAAAUUUUAAUACAUGCUAUGUUAGACAUCUAAACUUUUAAUUGUUAUCAUUUAAUUUUAAUCUUCCAUGCUUUUCUGGCCAGUAACUCAAUAGUGUACAUGGCCAAAAUUCCUAGAUAUCACUUCAUACCCUAAAAAGCACCUUUUAAAAUAAACAACUGCACAAUAUUGCUGGCAAACAAAGCCAUAGCUGUAAUCCAGAAAGACCACUGAUGUUUGAUCAGUGAGAGAAGAAAAAUAGACAGUGCUUUUGGCCAAGGAAUUGAUCUCUGCUGAAGUCUGUACCUCUAAUAAACAUUAGAUUGACUGAGUACAACAUUGUUUAAGUUAUUGUUUGCCCAUGUACAACAUAGCCUUUACAUCAGUAUCUCUUUUCUCACUCACAUAGAUAAUUCAUUUUUAGUAGAAAUAAAAAUGUCUUCAUGUGCCUAAUGAGCACCAACACUAGGAGCAAAAUGUGAUUCAGGGAAUAUAAUUGCCUUUUUGAUGGAAUAGAAUAAAAGCAAAAGUUAACUUCCUAGUUAUUUUUGCUUGUUCUGACCAAGUUCAUGCGAUUUCCAAAACACGUAGGUUCAUUUAUGGUGCUUAAUUGAUUUAGGUAGUUUUCCUAAUCCUUUGUUACUGGAAAUUGCACAGGGAAAUAAUCUUUAAGGAUAUUUUUCAUAAAUCUUAGAUAAUUAGAUGACAACGGCAUUUAAAUCAUGAAGUGUAAACUUGUGUUGUGUUAGUACUGUCCUAGCUGACAAAAUAACUGGGUCACAAAAGUGUACAGACAUGAAGAACGACACAAUGCAGACUUCUGUGAACAACUGGAAGUUGCUAUACUUCAUCUGUUUUGCUAAAACUUGUUCUCUUUCCUCCUUUUGAGAUGGUUAAAUUGUUUGGAGGAUAGUAAAGCGCCUGCAAAACAUGCACAAGUUGAAUGCUAGUUCAAAAUAUGAGGUUCUCAUUAAAAAUACACAUUUACCAAUGGAGAGGUAUUGAUUGUUUUCAUGGCACACCACCAGGAUAGAAAUGAUAGUGAAAGAUGCAUGAGCUUAUGCAGAAAUGCUCGAGUCCUUUUGAAUUGCAAUGUCCUAGCUGUUUUUCCACCACUGUGGCAAUCCUCAACCACUCACUCUUUAGUAGGCCCCCAAAGGUUAGGGUUUAAAGGACUGCACAUACACAACAAUUCAUGUCUGGACCUUUCCAGCCUUCAAGAGUUGCUGCUGUGAAAGGUCAAGAAACCCCCAGAGCAGCACCUAACAUAGUGCAAGACUGCCCAGGACUAAAAAUAGAAGUGCAUGUGGAAUUGUUUCAAAGGUGCAUAUAUUGGUUUCUGGGCCCUGGUUCUAAUCAAGGCUCCACCCAAGAGGCACCUAUGUGUGAAGUAAGGUAUUCAAGAUAUAUCUGAAAUAUGACAGACCUCUGCAGUAUCAUGCUGGGGAGAAGUUGGCAGUGCAAAGGUAGCAUGGUUGUCAAGAAUCCUAAUCAAUAAAUAAGAGGGUGUUCUAGAGCCGUCCAUGUUUUUGCUGAAGGCAGAGCCCAUGUAAUGGGCUUGCAGGUUGCAUUGGAAACUGAAGAGUUGUUCCAAAGCAAUUAAUGCAAUGUCAUGAGGAUCCAGAUCAAAAAGGAAAAAGUAAUUUAACUGGAUGUGUCUAAAGUAGCUCUUUAGAUCCCCACCAUAUCUCUUCCAGCUUUUUUUUGUUUUUGUUUUUUAAUGAAGCUUGACAGCUGUACAUGGUUUUUAUGUCACCUUGGCAGAACAUAUUUCAUGUUAAGGCAUGGCUGGCCAUAUUUUCAUUUAAUUUUAACUUGCUGCUGCUUACAGUUCAAAAUAAGGGCCAAUGAUCUAAAGAACCAGGCAGGUUAUUCUGCACACCAAAGGGGCCUUGAGUGUGAUUUAUCUUUCCUGAAUGCAGCCCUUUAUGCUGCAUGGCAAUUUGUUUUUUGAACAAGAGCAAUUUUUUAAACAGUGAUAUAGCAGGAGGGUUCCAUGACUGAAAGAAAAAAUGGAAAGUUCCACUGGAUCUUGUACAAGCCCUAUGUGUUAAGUAGCUUUUUAGAUCCUGUCUAAGUGCCGCUAUUUUCCAUCUUUUGACAGAAUCAGUCUAAAGACAUUGACUGUUACAUCUCUUUGUAAUAGGUCAUAUGCAUUUGUUUACUCUUAUUAAAAGUUAGAUAUAACUUCAGAACAGAUACCUAAGAAAUAUUAAUACUUGGGGGUUUUUUCUUCAGAAAACUGGUUAAAAUUGGUUUAUUUCAUGGGGUUGUCAAUGCCAUAGGAAUCAGUUUACCGAAAGGAUGCCUCUUACUCAAAUAGUUAUGGAUACAGGCUGAAUUGAGCAGUUCUUCCACAAUAAUACUAACACAAUAUAAUUGAAUUUCCUGCUAAUUAUGUGAAAUUGUUUUAUCAUAUUUUGGAGGAUUAAUUGUACAACUAUAGUGAAGAGAUUAUAGACGCUUACUAAUAAAAAGGAAGUGGUCCUAAAUUUUUUUCAAGUCGAUUAAAUGAAUACUUUUGCAAAUGA